CCUUGCGCGUGGUCCCUCCCCCCUCAGGCCGCGGUCGCGAUUACGCUCUCUACGGCCUGCGGCCGGAGGGCCGUUGCGAGCUGGAGACACGGCGCCGACUGGAACCGGAGGAGCUCUAGGCCAAAUGGUUGGGCCAGCCAGGAUCCCAGGACCCUUCGCCGCUCGAGACCGGAGAGAGGAAACGAAACAGGCGGGAACCCGUGGGGGAGGGAGGGAACUAGCGGAAGGUGUCAUGGCGGCCGCGCUCUUGAGUCACGUGCCCAGGGCCCGCCUUGCUACUUCCGGUCACGUGCCCUCAGACUCCUCGCAGCCAGCGAUGGAGGCGAGACCCCCUAGUAACAGAGGCGGUGGCUACUGCUGCGGCCACUGGGUUUCGGCCUCUUCCCAGCAGCGGCUCUAAGAAGCGCAGCGGAACUCGACCGGAUCCAACCCAGUUAGUUACUUCCUGUCUAGAGUUGUAGCUUCCACCUGAGUUCUCCUGGGAAGAAGUGUUUGCCACUCAAGGAAUACACUCAAGAAAAACCUGGAAAUCACAGAAGGCAUUGUAAGAUAGCUACAGUGAUUCUGUUAAACCUCCUGAAAUUGGUCCUUGAACAAUUAAGAGGUGCUACAGAUGACCAGGAAAAUUUACCAGGCAAAUUAGCUGUGAGACAAUUGACCAUUUGUGCCCAAUGUUCGAAGUCGUCUCUUCAAGACCCAAUUUAUAACCAAACUAUGUAUUAAACAGAAUGAACUGAUACAUAUACAACAAUAUGGUGGAUUUCAAAAAACAUGUUAAGCAAAAAACUAGAGACAAAAGGAGUACAUAUGCACCUUCUAGCCACCAUGGCAACCUCAUCUGAAGAAGUUUUGCUGAUUGUAAAGAAAGUGCGUCAAAAGAAGCAGGAUGGAGCUCUGUACCUCAUGGCAGAAAGAAUUGCUUGGGCACCUGAAGGCAAAGAUAGAUUUACAAUCAGCCAUAUGUAUGCAGAUAUUAAAUGCCAGAAAAUUAGUCCAGAAGGAAAAGCUAAAAUUCAGCUUCAGCUGGUCCUACAUGCAGGGGACACAACUAACUUCCAUUUUUCCAAUGAAAGCACAGCAGUGAAAGAGCGAGAUGCAGUAAAAGACCUUCUUCAGCAGCUGCUGCCCAAAUUCAAGAGGAAAGCAAAUAAAGAACUGGAAGAGAAGAACAGAAUGCUGCAAGAAGAUCCUGUUUUGUUUCAGCUUUAUAAAGACCUUGUUGUGAGUCAAGUGAUCAGUGCUGAGGAAUUCUGGGCCAAUCGUUUAAAUGUGAAUGCAACAGAUAGUUCUUCCACAUCCAAUCAUAAGCAGGAUGUUGGCAUUUCUGCUGCAUUUCUGGCUGAUGUCCGGCCCCAAACUGAUGGCUGUAACGGUCUGAGAUAUAAUUUAACCUCUGAUAUCAUUGAGUCCAUAUUUAGGACCUAUCCAGCAGUAAAAAUGAAAUAUGCAGAAAAUGUUCCCCACAACAUGACAGAGAAGGAAUUCUGGACACGUUUUUUCCAGUCCCAUUAUUUUCACAGGGAUCGGCUGAAUACAGGGUCAAAGGAUCUCUUUGCAGAAUGUGCCAAAAUAGAUGAAAAAGGCCUAAAAACAAUGGUUUCAUUAGGAGUGAAAAACCCACUACUAGAUUUAACAGCUUUGGAAGAUAAACCAUUAGAUGAGGGCUAUGGCAUUUCCUCUGUGCCAUCUGCUUCCAAUUCUAAAUCCAUAAAAGAGAAUAGUAAUGCUGCCAUCAUCAAGAGAUUUAACCAUCACAGUGCCAUGGUCCUGGCAGCUGGACUCAGAAAACAAGAAGCACAAAAUGAACAAAAUAGUGAGCCCAGCAACAUGGAUGGACAUUCCGGAGAUGCAGACUGCUUUCAGCCAGCAGUCAAAAGGGCGAAAUUACAAGAGUCCAUUGAAUAUGAAGACUUGGGGAAAAAUAAUUCUGUAAAAACGAUUGCACUAAACCUCAAGAAGUCAGAUAGGUAUUAUCAUGGUCCAACUCCAAUCCAGUCACUACAGUAUGCAACAAGUCAGGACAUUAUUAAUUCUUUUCAAAGUAUUAGACAAGAAAUGGAAGCUUAUACACCCAAGUUAACUCAGGUUCUCUCAAGUAGUGCUGCCAGUAGUACCAUCACAGCACUGUCACCUGGAGGGGCACUUAUGCAGGGAGGAACACAGCAAGCCAUAAACCAGAUGGUGCCAAAUGAUAUUCAAUCUGAAUUGAAACACUUAUAUGUAGCUGUUGGAGAACUUCUACGACAUUUCUGGUCCUGCUUUCCUGUUAAUACGCCAUUCCUAGAAGAAAAGGUAGUGAAAAUGAAAAGUAAUUUGGAACGAUUCCAAGUUACGAAGCUCUGUCCAUUCCAAGAAAAGAUUCGGAGACAGUAUUUAAGCACAAAUUUGGUAAGUCACAUAGAAGAGAUGCUCCAGACAGCCUACAACAAGCUCCACACAUGGCAGUCACGGCGUCUGAUGAAGAAAACGUGAGGUGGCCAUGAUGCUUACAGGUUUUGUGAGAUUGAGAGAACUAUGACCUGCAGCAACUCUGGAAACCUGGCCUGACAGACAAGCAGAUGACCUCACAGGAGUGAUAAGAAACAUCUGCUCCACGCCAACUCCCAGAGCUGAUGCUAUUGUACUUGCACAUUGGAGACUGAAAGGAAAGAAGGGACUAAAUGCUGGGGAGGUAAAUUAAGACAGAACCAAAUGAGCUAAGUUGCAAAUAUAUAUAUAUAUAUACACACACACACACAUAUAUGUACAUGUGUAUGUACAUAUAUAUAUUUUAAAAGACUGUUUACUGCAGUUGCUCAGGAACUGCUUUUGAUUCACAUUAAGCUGCUUUCAGAAAUUAAAAAAAAAAAACACUUUUUAAAGGGUGCAUUGAUAAAAUCUGAGGUUUUUUGGUUGUCGUUUUUUUCUGUGUACAUUUUUUUCCUAAGUUUAUGGCACAGGGUAGACCUUAAGUAUUCCUCCUCCAUCUUUCAUUCUUCACCCUCCAUUGGAUCCUCAAAUUUUAAUGAAUUCCAAUUAUACCUUACAUCAGCAAGUUAAAAAGAGUACUUUAAAAUAAAGCAAAGGGAGACUGUUGCUCAACCAUCAGGAAACAGUUGUCAGAAGACAUCAUUGGUUCUGUGUUUCCUACGGAAAUAAGAAACAAUAAAUAUUGCACUGAAUGUUUGUAGUUUGGAGUCCCUGAAUAAUAAAGAGGGAAUAUAUUUGCAGAAAGUCGCAUAGGGUUUUUUAAUGCAGAAUUUUGUCAGAAGACAAUGGCGCUGCAUGUUUUUCUUUGAGUGCAAAUGUACAUUGCUAAGAUUUUUUUAAGAUGGCAUGUGCUUUGAAAAGAAGAUAUUGCAUUUUUAAGAGUUUAAAAAUCUUAUGAGUGAGAAAUAUUAAAAAAAUCUUAUUUUCACCUCUUUAGAAGAAAUAAAAGAUGUUUCUCCUAUCUCCUUUUCUCUAGUAUUUGACUGUUACUGUCCUUGGCGAAUCGAUAAUCAUUGCAUAGUGACUGAAAAGCCUAAGUGCAAAAAAAAAAAAAAAAAGAUGUUCUUGUUUCUGAACUUCGUGCCAUAUUUUGUUCCUGAUGGGAUCAACUUAAUGUUUAAGACUUUAGAUGUCUUGUAUUAAAAAUUACACAAAAAAAGUAAAACUUUUUAUACUUACCCUUUUAACUCUAA